CCCUCGUCAUAACCGUGGUAGGUCCCUUGAGAGCAACAGUAGCAAUAGCCCUGGUCGUAGCUGUGGUCACAGCCGUGGUAUGUCCCUUGAGAGUAACAGUAGCAAUAGCCCUGGUCAUAACCAUGAUCAUAGCCGUAGUAGCCCUGGUUGUAACCAUGAUCACAGCUAUGGUAUGUCCCUUGAGAGUAACAGUAGCAAUAGCCCUGGUCAUAACUGUGAUCAUAGCCAUAGUAGGUUCCUUGAGAAUAACAGUAGCAAUAGCCCUGGUUGUAACCAUUACCACAGCCAUGGUAUGUUUCUUGAGAGUAAUAGUAGCAAUAGCCCUGUUCGUAAUCAUGAUCAUAGCCAUAGUAGGUCCCCUGAUAGUAACAGCAGCAAUAG